UCUAUCUUGUUCAGUUUUGCCUCACUGUUUCUAUAUCCAAAGAGGGCCUUCUGAAGAGAAACAAAAGAAAGAUUCAACCUUUCAUCUGGCUUCAAUGGGUGUCAGCUAUAAGUAUGCUUCCUCCUUCUUACUCUGCACAGAGGACAGCAAUAGCGUCCUGGGGCUUGGCGAGGAAGAGCAGAAAUUCCAAGGAAAACCCCCAAAGCGCAACCUUUGCCGAUCUCCCGACGAAAGGUUCGAUUUUUAUGGGGAAAUGUGGAGGGAUUUCUCUUUGCCUUCGGAGGAAUGCAUUGCUUUGCUGAUCGAGAGGGAGUCACAGCAUCUGCUACCCGGUGACUAUGCCGAGAGGCUGUUGGGUGGGCAACUAGACCUGGCUCUCAGAAGUGAUGCCAUUGACUGGAUUCAAAAGGUCCAUGCACAUUACAAUUUUGGACCUCUAAGCGCCUAUUUAUCUGUAAAUUACUUGGAUCGAUUCUUCUCCUCGUAUGAAUUCUCGACAGACAAAGCUUGGAUGACACAGUUGGUAUCAGUGGCCUGCUUAUCUCUUGCUGCCAAGGCGGAGGAAAUGGAAGUGCCUUCAUCUCUCGACUUGCAGGUUGGCGAGGCAAAAUACAUAUUUGAAGCCAGGACUAUACAGAGAAUGGAACUUCUUGUUCUUAGCACCCUUAAUUGGAGGAUGCAUGUUGUGACGCCUUUUUCAUUCAUUGAUUACUUUUUGUACAAAUUAAACGAUGACAAAUGCCCGGAUAGCUCAAUAGUUUCUUCCUCUAUGGACCUCAUUUUGGGCAUUGUUAAAGGCAUUGAUUUCCUGGGGUUCAAGCCUUCUGAAAUUGCUGCAGCAGUGGCACUGUCAGCACUGGAAACUUAUCAUACUCUGGAUAUCAACAAUACUUUAGCCUGUUGGAUACAUGUAGAUAAAGAAAAGGUACUAAGAUGUCAUGAAGUGAUUCAAGAGAUGAACUUGAUGAAGAAUAGAGCAUUCAGUAACAAAACUCCAUCAGUUUCUGCCGUGCCAAAGAGCCCAGCUGGGGUUCUGGAUGUUGCAUCUGUGAGCUAUGAAAGUGAUGAUUCUACAGUUAGCUCACUUGGUAUUCAUCCUCAUGCUACUUCUUCGACAGCCAAGAAGAUGAAAUUAAACAGAUCCAUAAGUUCAUGAGAGCAAAGUGUCUCAUUUGUACUGUUUGCACCUGCUUAGUAGUUUUGUCAGAUUAAUUAAGUUUGCCGGAAGAGCUUAUUAAUAAGUGUUUUGCUGAAAUU